GUUGCAUGGCUGAGCGUUUGAAGGAAAAACUACUACGUAAUCCAGGUUUUUCAGUCGACCGGCUUACAAGUGGAGCAAUUUCGAACCUGGAGCCUCGUCUCUCGCUGUCUGUUGGUGCUGAUUUUGUCUGUGGACCAGAUGCCUACCGCGAUCUGCCCAGGCUGAUUGCAAAUGCGCACGCUGGAAUUCAAGGUGCAAGUGUGGCAUUAUCCCUUGAAGAAACAUAUGCUGAUGUGAGGCCUGUCAGACUGUGCCAGUCGUCCGAAGACGGACUGGAAGGAAAUCAGUCCAGUCCAUCAGCCUUCCUUUCUGUGAUGCGUGGAUGUGACAACAUGUGCACCUACUGUAUUGUGCCGUUCGUCCGCGGUCGAGAGAGAAGCAGGCCCUUGUCUUCAAUUAUAGAUGAAGCAGCCCAGCUGUUUGAAGCGGGCGUCCGGAAUAUUACUUUGUUGGGCCAGAAUGUCAACAGUUAUUGUGACCAAUCGGUUCCUCAGAGCCGGACGCUCACAUCGACAACCCAGCUUACACCUGGAUUUCAUGCAGUCUAUCGACCAAAGCUUGGCGGUCUGCGAUUUGUGGAUCUUUUGGAUGAAGUCAGCCGCAUAAGCCCGGAACUUCGAAUUCGAUUCACUUCCCCGCAUCCCAAAGAUUUUCCACCCGAGGUGCUGCAGCUGAUCGCCGAACGCCACAACAUUUGCUCUCAUCUUCACCUCCCCGCCCAAUCUGGAAGUGCAACUGUACUGGAUCGUAUGGGACGCGGCUACACACCAGAUGCCUAUCUUGCCUUGGUGGAAACAGUGCGGAAGACUAUCCCAGGUGUUGCCAUCACGAGUGACUUUAUAGCCGGAUUUUGUGGGGAAACCGAGGAAGAUCAUGAAGCUUCCGUUCAGUUAAUCAAAAACGUUGGCUACUCGUUCACGUUCUGCUUUCCUUACAGCAUGCGGGAGUCUUCCUUGUUUUACCACCAGAAAACUCGCGCUUACCACCGCCUGGUAGAUGACGUCCCGUUGGAAACCAAAAACCGUCGUCAUUUAGAAUUGAAGGCUGCAGGGCGGCAAGCCAGUUUGGAAUUUAAUCGUGCACAAAUCGGCCAAAUACAGCUUGUCCUUGUAGAAG